GUAUUGUGCAUUAGCCAUGGGAAAAUCCAAAAAUUUUGCUUUUCUUCGUUACCUUCGUAUGUUUCAUCAAAUUCUUUGGUGCCUUCUAUUUUUGAUGCAGAUCACUUCAAUAUCAGCAGCAACAAUAACGGAAGCAGAAGCGCUUAUACGAUGGAAAGAUUCCUUGUUCGUGUCUACUAAUCUCUCCUCUUGGGCUCUUUUCAAUACCCCAAACGUCUGCAACUGGACUGGCAUCUUCUGCAACAAUCUCAGUUCCAUCACGCACAUCGACCUAUCGAAAAGAGGCCUCAACGGCACCCUCACCAGCUUCAAUUUCAGUGUGUUUCCUAAUCUCACUAGCUUCAAACUAAACACCAACAAUCUAAAAGGUCAAAUCCCACCAAGCAUCAGUCGCCUGUCCAAGCUCACAGAGUUAGACCUCAGUACUAACAUGUUCGAUGGUUUUAUUCCGCCGGAAAUAGGUCAGUUGUCGCAGCUCAAGUCUCUUAUCUUGUUUAACAACAGUAUUGGUGACAAAAUACCCGUCAACCUAACCAAUUUAGGGAAGCUAAGAACCUUAAACUUAGGACUAAAUAGGCUCCGAAAAUCUGACUGGUCUGUUUUUAACCCUAUGCCUUCCUUGGAAAUCUUAAGUUUUCAAUCAAAUGAGCUAAAUGGAGAAUUCCCUAGCUUCAUUCUCGGCUGCAUGAACCUGACUAAUCUUCUUCUGUCAAACAAUGAAUUCAGUGGUUUGAUCCCGGAAUCCCUUUACGCCCGUCUUCCCGAACUUCAGUACCUAGACCUCAGUAAUAACUCAUUCACAGGACCUAUAUCAUCUACAAUCUCCAAGCUUUCGAAUCUGGCUUUUAUCGACCUCAGCAUAAACCAUCUGUUGGGUUCAAUUCCCGACAGUAUAGGAUCGAUUUCUGGGCUUAUAACACUCCACCUGAACAGUAAUUCAUUGAACGGGAAAAUCCCAUCUACCAUAGGCCAACUUAAGAACCUUGAGACCCUUAAUCUUUAUUCGAAUAGAUUGAAUGAUACGAUUCCAUUAGAGCUCGGAUCAUGUAGUAAUCUCAUUAAUCUUUCUCUGAAUAAUAAUUCACUAACGGGGGAGUUGCCUUUAUCUUUGUCCAAUCUUAGGAAUUUAUCAACCCUUGAAUUGUUUUCAAAUAAGCUGGAUGGUGAGAUCUCGCCAUACUUUCUGUCGAACUGGACGGGAUUAACUUCCUUGCAACUUUAUAAGAACAAUUUUAAUGGCAUAAUCCCACCAAAAAUCGGCCAACUGACAAAACUCGAGUAUCUUUACCUUUACCAAAAUCGUUUCACUGGUUCUAUCCCCUCAGAGAUUGGAAACCUGAAAGUCUUGUUCGAACUCGACUUUUCGUCAAACAAACUUUCAGGUCCCAUUCCUACAACAAUUGGGAACCUUACCAGGCUUUCCGUCCUAAAUCUUUUUAUAAACAACCUCAAUGGAACAAUCCCAGAAGAAAUCGGAUAUCUCACAUCAUUAACUAUUCUUGAUCUCAAUACCAAUCGCCUGCAUGGGGAGUUGCCCGAUACCUUGUCGAACCUUCGAAACCUUAAAGUAUUGUUUGUUUACUCUAACAAGCUGUAUGGAGAAAUCUCACAGAAAUUUGGUGAAAAUAGCCUUUUUUUGACCGCUGUUAGCUUUUCAAACAAUAGUUUCUCAGGGAUCCUUCCGCCUCGCUUAUGCAAUGGCUAUAAACUGGAGCACUUGACAGUUAAUAAUAACCGUUUUACUGGAAGUCUUCCUGAUUGCUUGCAGAACUGCUCAAGAUUAAGUAGAGUCAGGUUGGAAAACAAUCGGUUCAAUGGGAGUGUAUCUGAUGCAUUUGGUAUUCACCCGAAUCUUUAUUAUCUCAGCAUGAACGAUAAUCAGUUUUCGGGCAAGUUAUCAUCAAAGUGGGGAAAGUGUAAGAAUCUGACCGACUUUCGUUUGGACAGAAACAAGAUUUCCGGUGAAAUACCAGCUGAGUUGGGGAUGCUACCACGGUUAGGUGUUCUAACACUUGGUUCAAAUGAAUUGACUGGAAAAAUUCCGCAAAACUUUGGGAAUUUGAGCAAAUUGUUCAACCUUAGCCUGAGCAGUAAUCAAUUAGUAGGGCAUAUUCCAAAAAGUUUGGGUAACUUGAAGUUUCUUCAGUAUCUUGAUUUAUCAGCGAACAAUAUGUCCGGAGAAAUUCCCAGAGAGCUCGGAAAUUGUGAUCGUCUAUUGAGCUUGAAUUUAAACUACAAUGAUUUAUCAGGAAAAAUACCAUUGGAGAUCGGAAACUUGAUGAAUCUACAGAUAACACUGGAUCUUAGUAGCAACUUUCUUUCAGGUCCGAUCCCUCAAAGCCUGGCCAAGCUUACGUCUUUAAUAAGCUUGAAUCUGUCCCAUAAUCAUCUUACCGGAGAUAUCCCCAGAUCCUUGCCGGAGAUGAUCAGUCUACGGUCCUUUGAUCUCUCUUAUAACAGAUUGUCGGGCUCUGUCCCUAGCGAUGAUUUUUAUAAACAGGGGUUAUAUAUCGGAAAUCCAGGCCUUUGUGGGAAUUUAGACGGACUAACUGCCUGUGCCGCGUCCAACAAAGUAAAGUUUAUUGUUGCAGUUGUGGUUCCCCUUGUUUCUCUGCUGGCCAUUGGAGCAUGCAUUGUGUUUUUUAUAUAUAACUCGAGGGAUAAAAACUCUGGUAAUGCGAACGAACUUUUAGAAAUCGGGGAUUUGGAGUCUUUGAUAUGGGAGACAGAAGAUACUUUUACAUUCAGGGAAAUCGAGAAGGCCACUGAUAAUUUCAAUGAUUUUUACUGUAUUGGAAAGGGAGGAUUCGGUAGUGUAUAUAAGGCGUCUUUGUUAUCGGGUUAUGUAGUUGCUGUCAAGAAGCUUAAUAUGUCUGAUAAUGAUGACAUUUCGUUGACAAGUAAACAAAGUUUCAUGAACGAGAUAAAAGCGUUAACGCAGAUCAGACACCGGAAUAUCAUCAAAUUAUACGGGUAUUGUUCCAAAAGAGGGUCCAUGUACUUGGUCUAUGAAUACAUCGAACGGGGUAGUUUGGGAAACGUUCUGUACAGUCAGGAAGCUAAAACUGAACUAGGGUGGGAUAAAAGAGUGAAUAUUGUCAGAGGAUUGGCUCAUGCAAUCGCGUACUUGCACCAUGAUAGCAACCCACCUAUUGUUCAUCGUGACAUAUCCAUAAAUAAUGUCUUGCUUGAUUAUGAAUUUGAGCCUCGGCUUUCAGAUUUUGGUACUGCAAAACUUCUUCAGUUAGACGCAUCUAUAUGGACGACAAUUGCUGGUGCCUACGGCUACAUGGCCCCAGAAUUGGCUCUGUCAGCGAGAGUGACAGAGAAGUGUGAUGUUUUUAGCUUCGGAGUGGUGGCAAUGGAAGUUAUGAUGGGGAAACAUCCCGGAGAAUUCAUGUCUUCUUUAUCGUCUUCAACUAUGAAGCCUGAUACGCUUUUGAAAGACGUUCUUGACCAACGCCUCUCACCACCAAGAGGACAUGUCGCAGAAGAAGUAGUGAUCGUGGUCACUUUAGCUUUACUUUGCACAAGCUCAACACCCGACUCACGACCCACGAUGCGGUAUGUUGCUCAAGAAGUAUCUGCUAAAAACUACAAUUACCUCACCGAGCCUUUUGAAACGAUAAUUCUCAGCAAAGUGAAUACUCCUUAAUUUGCUGACAGAAAACGAAACCUAAACAAACUAUCCUUUGUUCUAUGCAAAUAUGAUUUUCGUGAGGACGAUCUGGAUCUUAGUCAAGCUCAUUCUCUUCCCUACAUUCGAAAACUACUUUGCAUUUAUGUUAAUCUGUAUUUUUCAUAAUGAUGUUUAUAACCAGAAAUUGUUUACAAAUAUUGAGAAGUACUUAAAAAUUUAGUAUGCCUUUAUUUG